GGAAGCCGCUAGCGCUGCAGCGGUCGGGCGCUGUGAUUGGCUGAUGCUGGGGGUCACAUGACCGGAGUCCCCGGGAAGAUGGCGGAGCAGGCGGGCGCGUCGCCCGAGGACCCCUGGGGGAAGGUGGAUUCUGCAUACAGUGACAGUGGACUGGAUCCCUCGCUCUUUGUGGAAAGCACUAGGAAAGGAAGCAUAGUAUCCCGAGCCAACAGCAUUGGCUCCACCAGUGCCUCCUCAGUCCCCAAUACAGAUGAUGAAGACAGCGAUUAUCACCAGGAAACCUACAAAGAGUCAUACAAGGACCGGCGCAGACGUGCCCACACCCAGGCCGAGCAGAAGAGACGAGAUGCCAUCAAGAAAGGCUACGAUGACUUGCAGGCCAUCGUUCCCACGUGCCAGCAGCAGGACUUCUCCAUUGGCUCCCAGAAACUAAGCAAAGCCAUCGUCCUGCAGAAAACCAUUGACUACAUUCAGUUCCUCCAUAAGGAGAAGAAGAAGCAGGAGGAGGAAGUUUCUACACUCAGGAAAGAUGUCACAGCUUUGAAGAUCAUGAAAGUAAACUAUGAGCAGAUUGUGAAAGCUCAUCAGGAUAAUCCAAAUGAGGGGAAAGACCAGGUCUCUGACCAAGUCAAGUUUAAUGUUUUCCAAGGCAUCAUGGAUUCACUGUUCCAGUCCUUUAAUGCCUCCAUCUCAGUAGCAAGUUUUCAGGAACUUUCAGCCUGUGUCUUCAGCUGGAUUGAAGAGCACUGUAAGCCACAGACUCUGCGGGACAUCGUGCUUGGGGUUCUGCAUCAGCUGAAGAAUCAGCUCUACUGACUGCUCUCCCUGCUAGUGCCCCAGCAGCAUGGGCCUGCGUUCUUCAUCCAUACUGCUACUGGGUACCGCCAGCAGGGACGGAGUUGGGAAACAGACUCCAGGAAUGGCUGGUCUGUUUCCCUUGUGAUUGUUAAAGCUUCUCUCUGGAUUAUUUAUUGUAUUGACCAAAAACCAAAACUGGGCUUAUGUACCUCUCCACAGACCCUGUCGCAGUCUGUAGGGACUCAGUCAGCAGAGAAGGGAGUUUAGAUGUGGAUUAAAUAUACUUCUCAUUGCCCCAAAGGAAGGCAGGAGAGGCUGUCUCACCCAAACUGGCAUGGCAGUGAACGGGCCUUGCCUGAGCCCCUGACUCUUUGCAAGAGUGGCAGUAGCUCAGCCGGUGGGAGGGAUCUGCUUCGUAGCAGGCAGAUGGUCCUGCUCCCUGUGAUGGGGAAUGGCCUGGAGUCUUAACUACUGCCUGGUCAUCUUAGCAGUGCACAUUACUGCCUGCUGGGAUGCAUACCCUGAAAACCACAGAGCCUGGGCAUGAGCUGUAGAACAGAUGGAACACAGGCUGUUCGGUUUCCAGGUGAGCACUUGCUGAAAUCGCAGCUACCCAGGCACCUUUCCACAGGGCAAUGCAGGGCUGUGAAAGGAAGCAGAGAGUGGCGAUAGUAAGGGAGACCUCUUCCCCCCACCCCAGAGCCAGUUGCCACAUUAGGAUUAAAGACUUGAGCUGGGUUAUGAACCCUCCUGCACCAGGCAAACCGAUCUCUACUAAAGGGGGUUAGGAAGAAGCUUCCCUUGGGAGAGGUUCUCCCAUCUCUGCAGGCUUUCUUGCACCUUCCUCUGAAGCAGCUGGUUCUAGUUACUGUUGAGAUGGGUUCUGCACUAGCAAUUCCUAUGGGCCUCAAUCCCGAUGGUCUAGUUCAGCCUAGGGAUGGAAGGCUGCUUGCUUUACUGGUGUAGAAUGACUUUCCAAAAGGCCCUACAAAGGAAGCUGGGUGGGUUGGCCCCUCACUGCCACAAGGAGAGUCACUUAAUCGCCAGUGCUGAAGGGACUCCCCUUCUUGUGCAGAUGACCAUGGCCUCAAGCCUCUGCUUGAGCCAGCUGCUGACUUGGCCUUUUCGACUCUAGCCACAUUUCCUAAACAAUUAAACAUGCGUGCAGCUUUCGCUACAGCCUUGUCCAGUUUUAUCGGUACAGAGGCUGAUCUCUGGCAGGCUUUAUAUGACAUGGCACUUUCUGAUGAAGUCACACUGUGUGGGAAAGUAGAAUAGUCUAGCACAGAGCAGCUGGGAUUCUAAGUAGACGUCUACUCUUGUUUAGAACUAUAGUUUUAUAUAUAAUAAAGCCUUGAUUUUUGUAAUGCAUUGAAAAAAAAAAUCACACUAACAUGUUAUCAGUUUAUGUUUUGCAGACAGCUGCUUGUCUGAGACAAUUUAAAUCAGUUACACCCUGUUUCGUUCACUAUAACCCUUCAGGUCUCUUAAAGCAGAUGGCAGCUGUCUGCUAAAGCAGCCAUGGUGUUUUACUACUCAAACAAGGUGACACUAUUGGAAUUACCCCAACAGAGUAACUCUCUUACAACAAGAAAAGGAGUACUUGUGGCAUUUUAGACACUAACAAAUUUAUUUGAGCAUAAGCUUUUGUGAGCUACAGCUCACUUCAUCAGCUGUAGCUCACGAAAGCUUAUGCUCAGAUAAUUUUGUUAGUCUCUAAGGUGCCACAAGUACUCCUUUUCUUUUUGCGAAUACAACUAACACGGCUGCUACUCUGAAACCUCUCUUACAACAGUAUUUGUCGAUUUUCAAUUAUGUUCCUACCACACUUCUAAAAAUCCCGUGUUAGUGACUGUUGUGCGUUUUCUUCAGUUUGGGUAUGGUGGUUUCUCGGUGCUGGCUGCCUGCCUUUCAAACACUGAAGCAGGGGCAUAAUGUUUAAACUGCUGUUUCCAUUUAAUCAAGGAAAUAUUCCUGUUGGUCUUGGAUUUUAUAAAACAAAGCACUUCUACAAAGCCUGCAUUGAGUGUCCCUGUUGGUCCAAAUGCAGCAUACAGCCCCUAGGAAGUUCAAGAGUUUUGUUUGCAGCAACAUGCCUAACUGCUGAAGUGAAUUGCACACAAUAGGGGCAGCUACCUCUAUGGCCGUACUCAAGCACAGAUGGGUAACUCUUGUAAGAUGUUGCUUUGCUGUAAGGAAAGCACCCUCUUUGCAGAAGCAGUAGCCUGUGCUGUUAACUAAUAAAUGGCAUGUGUAUUUCUCAAAGGACAUUGCUUUUUACAGACCUCACUCAGGUGGAAAUGAAAUAUUUUUCUAUCAUGAAAAGUAAUUAUAAUAAAUUUUUGCUAAGCGUUUUAA